UUGGGUGAGGAAGGCGGAAGGAACGCGGAGACAAUGCGGGGCCUCCCUCCAGUUGUUACUGUAGCGACUUUGGGAAUGUUGCUAUGUCUCCGCGUUCUGGGGGCGAGCUCCGGGAAAGCGGGCAGCAUCCAGGCAUUUGUCAUCGCCCACAGCCAUAUGGACGUCGGCUGGGUUUAUACCGUCCAGGAGAGCAUGCAUGCAUAUGCAGCCAACGUUUAUACAACCGUUGUGGAGGAGUUGAUAAAGGGGAAACAGCGCAAGUUUAUUGUGGUGGAACAGGAAUUCUUUCGGCUGUGGUGGGACAAGGUGGCCACUGAUACACAGAAAGAGCAGGUGCGUAAGUUGCUGGAUGAAGGACGUUUGGAGUUUAUCAUUGGAGGUCAGGUGAUGCACGAUGAAGCUGUAACAGAACUCAGCUCACAGAUCUUACAGCUCACAGAAGGACACGGUUUCCUGUAUGAGACAUUUGGAACAAGGCCUCAGUUUUCAUGGCACGUGGAUCCCUUUGGUGCCUCAGCCACAACCCCCACAGUGUUUGCUUUGGCCGGAUUUAAUGCUCAUCUCAUCUCUCGCAUUGACUACGAUGAAAAGGAAAUGAUGCAGAGAAACAAGAAGCUCCAGUUUGUAUGGCAAGCAUCACCCUCUUUGGCCCAGCACCAGGAAAUCUUCACUCACACUAUGGACCAAUACAGUUACUGCGUCCCAUCCUUUCUGCCGUUCUCCAACAGAUCUGGCUUUUAUUGGAAUGGCAUUGCUGUUUUUCCUGACCCACCAAAAGAUGGAAUUUAUCCUAAUAUGAGCCUCCCAGUGACCAAUGAAACAAUUUGUGCUUACGCAAAGACAAUGGUAUCCAACAUAAAAGAGAGAGCAGCCUGGUUUCGAUCUAGCCAUGUUCUGUGGCCAUGGGGCUGUGACAAGCAGUUCUUCAAUGCCUCCGUCCAGUUUAAGAACAUGGAUCCAUUGAUGGAUUAUAUCAACCAACAUAGAGAUGAAUUUGGAGUUACAGUUCAAUACGCCACAUUAAGUGAAUAUAUCCGUGCUGUUCACAGUGCGAACCUUACUUGGGACAUCCGAAAAAACCAGGACUUUCUCCCAUACUCCUCUGAGCCAUUUCAGGCUUGGACUGGAUUUUAUGCCUCUCGGAAUGUACUCAAAGGUCUGGCCCGGAGAGCAAAUUCUUUCCUGUAUGCUUGUGAAUCCCUUUUCACGUUGUACCUCUUGAGACAUUCAUUAGGAUCUAUAGACAAAUUUUGGGCUCUACAACAAAUUCAACAUCUGAGAUGGGCAGUAUCAGAGGUACAACAUCACGAUGCUGUAACUGGGACAGAAUCUCCAAAAGUGAGAGAUAUGUACAUGCAUCACCUAUUACAAGGGAUUUGGGCUGUGAAAUUAGUGAUGGCUGCUAUAUUUCAAGAAACCCAGAACACUCCAAAGGAUAAAUUGGACUUUCCACUUCCCUAUACUCAGGACACCAAAAGUACAGAGGAUCACCUUUUGCAGAUUACUGUCUACAAUCCUCUUGGAUGGAACAUCACCACAGUUAUCAACGUCUCUGUUGCCUAUUCAGUAGUCAGUGUUUAUGAUGAUUCAGGAAACACUGUGCCAUCACAGAUCCAGAAAUCAGUUUCUCACAGCACUUUCGACUUGUAUGUUCUUGUAAGACUAAAUGCACUCAGCUACCGAAGGUAUGUGGUCAAAAAUGAAAAGUUGACUUGCACCAAGGAAUCAGAUGGUCCGUGCUCAAAAAAUCCUACUUCGUUCAGAGGGAGAGUGCGAACAUUUGGCAGAAAACCAGUGAGCAAAUCAAAAAAUCAGGGGCGUAGACUACUUCAGUUGAUGAAUGACUGCUAUGUACUGAUGCUGAAUGAAGACACAAAUUUACUGUACAGCAUCACUGACAGAUCCUCCCAGAAGACUGUCAAGAUAAAGCAGGAAUUCUUGGAGUACCAUGCUAAUGGAGAUGUUAAACAGGGCCCAAUCUCCGAUAAUUAUGUAUUCACACCAAAAGGUUUGCCCAUGCUGGUGUCAAAGUCAAUUGGAAUGGAAAUAGUCACAGGAAAACUAGUAACUGAAAUCAGGCAGUACUUCUACAGUAACACUUCUGCUAAUGAACAGGAUUACCAAUAUGCAAUAUUCACAAGGAUCUAUCGUGUACUUAAUGGCUAUGAUGCAUCAAUGCUAUGCAAUAGAAUUGAGCAGGAGUAUAGUGUAGGACCAUUGGACCUGAACAGGGAAGCGAUCUUGAGCAUGACUACAGAUAUGAAAACUGACAGGACCAUUUACACAGACAGUAAUGGCUACCAGAUGAUGAGGAGAGUGUACAAGUCGUACAGCAACAAUACUCUGGCUCGAAAUUACUACCCUCUUGUAAGGACUGCUUAUAUUGAAGAAAGUGACGCAAGGCUUAUCAUAUUAUCUGAGAGAGCACAUGGCAUUUGCAGUCAAGCUGAUGGGCAAUUGGAGGUGAUGCUUCAUCGAAGAUUAUGGAACAACAAAGAAUGGAAUCUGGGCUACAACCUUACACUGAAUGACACCUCCGUAGUGCGGCCACUUUUCUGGCUGAUGUUGGGGUCAAAGUCAACAACUUCAUCUUUAUAUCAGAGUGGGAUGGCACUCGAGUUCAGACCUGUUGUUAUGUAUGGUCCUGUCUCAGGGAAGAAUGCAUUUGUUCCGUCACACAAUUCACAGGGUAACCGUUCAGUGAAUUCUGUCUUUCUCCCACCCAAUCUCCAUCUCCUAACACUUUGCCUGCCUGGUUGGCGAUAUAAUUCAAACCACACUGCACAUUUGCAAAAUAUCAUCCAAGGUAAGUCUAAACAAUCAAAGCCAGACUUUCGCCGUGUCCUACUGAGAAUUAUGCAUUUGUAUGAAGUUGGAGAAGACCCUGUUCUGUCCCAGCCUGUGACAGUCAACAUAAAGGAUCUGCUGAAGGUGUUGGGAACAGUGGUAUCUAUUGAAGAACGCUCACUCACAGGAAUCUGGGACAUUAACACGCUCAAACGCUGGAGGUGGAAGACAACACAACAACACGAUAGAGCAGGAAAGAAUAAAAUGUAUUCGGCUGGGAAUCCAGAGCUUCGGUGAUCUUCCUUCUGCAACAGCAGGCAGCGAAUUGAGAGAUGUUGCAAAUUCUAGCUGCUCCAGUUUGGAAGGAAGCCGUCACAUCACCGUUUAUGGCCACAGUCACCUUUCACAGCUGUUAACAAAGCUGUUCUCGCCCUGCAUUGUCAGCAGUGCCAUUGUGGACUCAUAGUGUUUUACAGCGUGGACCGAGGCCAUUCUGCCCAUUGGAUUCAUGCUAUAUGUGCCUCUGGUUUGACGAAGUGGAUUUGAGUGGAAGUGUGCCUUUCCCUUCACAGUAUGACCUAUGACCUGUCAGUGGUAUCUGUUUGUUACUCAAAAAGACCAGGAAUUUAUGAUGAGAUAGUAAGAACUGCCGAUGCUGGAGUUGGAGAUAACACAGUG